AACUUGUCGUCAGCCUUCAGCUUCGCGAGUGAAAGAAAAUAAUUAAAUUUUUUUUAAGAUAAUGUAAGAACUAUCCAUACCUUUCGUAAUGACAAGUCGGGAGAACCGCGAGGAGCCGAAAACAUAAAAAAGAAAAGGCGCUGGUACGCAGUGAAGGACAACUCUUGUUGAUUUUAUUUCGCUUUUCUGUUUAGUCACCUAGCACCGACGGCGCUCCUUUACAAGUGGCAAUUUUCAGUUCACCGUAUAUGGGCAGCAAGUCUACAGCAGAGCGGCGUGUGACUGUUAUUUAUUAGCUCUUGUGGAAACCAACAUACCGCCAAGUUGGACUCAUUUAUUGCUACAGACCUGUUAGUCUACUGAGGCCUCCUUGGCUGGGCCGCAGUUUCGCGUUCUUCGCCUGUAAUAUCUCGACACCGCAUUGGUGGUUGUCUCGGCGGAAAUAUUUCAGCACAUUGCCCUCUCGCUCAGCGAUACAGUGUCUGCCAUGAUUGGGCCAUAAAAUUCGACCAGCUUUCUGCGCUGGUAUAGUAACGGGAAGCACAAACCGCAAAAAAUAAUAAUAAAUAAAUAAAUAAAAAUAAAAAAACCUGUUGAACAUCCUGUGCCCCCGCUUCACGCUUCUCCUUAUCUACGAGGGCGAGUCAGAAGGCCUUUGCCCAUAUUUCUUUUCAGCCACUUCGUUUAUUGAAACAGCGCGUACCCUAUAAAAGGUCAACAAGCGCAAAUAAUUUUUUUUAAAUAUAGAGACUCGACUGAAUUGAAUUAAAUGUUCAUGCUUCAGGUCCAAAAUGUUUUCUGCACACUUUCGAUCGUAUCUCCAAAAACAAUAUUUGCAGGCUUUAAGCGCACUGAAUCAUAAUUCGUGACUUUAUGGGGUAUGGUUGAUUCAUAAAGCAAACCACUAAUUGAUAAUAAAGCCACUGUAACUGCAACAUUUCUUUCAUAACAAAACAUAAUUUAGAAAGUCCCAUCUGAUGCCCUAGGCAGACGUCUAUGCACAAGAGGAAGCGAAUGGCGCUAGUUAGAUGCAAAGGCCCACAUUAUCGGUAAUGCACGUGAAAGUGCAAAAAUCAGUGAGUCGAAGCGUACGUUUUCUUUUUCUUGCGCAGGAAAUAUGAGCGCCACACGGCUCGCCAUUUUCCUAACCGCGGCCGCCGCCGCAGUGGCCUUCGCCUCUGGCGCGAAGAUAUACCGACCCGCCGUGUACACGACCUCAGGCAAGCUGGUGGGGCUCAAGAAAGAAGCGUUCGGUCGGCCCAUAGACGUGUUCUACGGAAUACCGUACGCACAACCGCCGCUGGAUGAACUCAGAUUCCAGAAGCCCGUGCCAGUGACACCCUGGAAGGGCCUGCGCGACGCGUCGACGCCGCCGUUCCCGUGCAAGCAGCCAGACUUCUUCGUGCACCAAAACUACACGAUACAGACGCGGAACUCCACGGAGGACUGUCUCUACCUGAACGUGUGGACGCCCGCGAGAUACUGCCGCGACAUCAAGACGUGCGGCCCCAAGGCUGUCAUGGUUUUCAUCCACGGAGGGGCAUUCACGUACGGGAGCAGCAGCUGGUCCUUCUACGACGGCAUCCACUUCGCUGCGACUGGAGAUGUGGUUGUCGUCACGCUGAACUACCGGGUCGGGCCCUUCGGCUUCUUCAGCUCGCGACUCGAUGGUCUGAACGGCAACCAGGGCAUGUACGAUCAGAUCCUCGCGCUCACGUGGGUCAAGUCCAACAUCAAGCACUUCGGCGGCGACCCGGAGCUCAUCACCGUGUUCGGGCAGAGCGCGGGAGCCAUCUCCGUGGGCUACCUGCUUGUGUCGCCACUCAGCCGUGGACUGUUCCGGCGGGCCAUCAUGGAGAGCGGAAGUCCCUUCUGGAUGUUCCACGACAAUAGCGACAUCGCGCUCCAAAAGAGCUUCUCGCUGGCAAACGCGCUCGGCUGCACGACGGGCUUCGACAAGGUAAUCGACGACCCCCAGGUGAUGGCCUGUCUGCGCUCGAAAGAUGCCGGCGAGAUCGUGAGCGUGGCCACGGAGGUCCUGGGGCCCCAGGCCGAGACGUUCUUCCCGAGUCGCGACAGCGAGCUCUUUCCGGACGACGCCAAUGUUCUGAUGGACACCAUGAAGAGUUCCGGAGUGGAACUGCUCAUCGGGAACAACAAGAACGAAGGCACCUAUUUCGUUUACAACUUCCUCGCCAAGGGACUCAAGUUUCACAAUCUGGCGCACAUCACUAAAGAUGAGCUCGGCUUCUACAUGGUGCUUUUCUUCCGGACUAUGCUGCAGUCAGGCGUGAACGAAAUCCGCGAGUUCUACCUGGACAAGCUGAACAGCACCGAUACCGAAGUGGUAUUGCAGCGCGGAUCGGACGCCGUGGGUGACUUCCUUAUCACGUGUCCCAGCCGCUACUUCGCGGAAAAGUACCAGCGCAAGGGUCAGCCGGUGUACUACUACCAGUUCUCGCACAAGCCCAGCUUCAGCGUGUGGCCGCCGUGGAUGGGCGCGACGCACUUCGACGAGUUCCCGUUCGUAUUCGCCCACGUGAUGGCCUUCCCAGAGCUGGUGACGUCCGAAGAGGUCGCGCUCAGCAGGCAGCUGGUCGAGAUCUGGACGACAUUUGCCAAAAUCGGGCGCAUGCCAACGCUGGGCAAGAUCGCGUGGCCCCGGUACUCGGCAGCGGGACCCUACAUGGUGGACAUCAACCUCAAGGUCCUCACCAUCAAGAAAGGACCGCAGGAAGAGAACUGCAACUUCUGGAGGCGCUACUUCAAGUUAGACGGCUGAGGGCGCGACCCACUGUUCAAAUCUGCCCAAGUGCCAAAACAGGAGGCACGAGAGAAUGUGCCUCAGUUUGAUUGGCUGCCUAUAGAUCAGCCUAUAGCUUCCAGUACUGCCGAGCCUCUGCAUCGAUGUGAAGCUUCAAAGACGCUGAUCAUAUUGACGUUACCAUCGAAGAUCCUCGGAACAUGACUUCUUCUACGAGAGCGACGUGUUACAAGAACUCAGUGAACUAUAGUUCUUGUUUGUGUUGCCAUUUUCGUCAUUUUGUACUGUUCGGCUAUUGUCAGUCAUACAACAUCUAACCAAGAUGCUCGUACCACUUCGUUUCGUGUUCCAACUGGGACGCAAACCAUUGUACAACAGCGGUGAACCGAAACAACUUUUGCUUUUUCCUAUCGUAUUUCGUCCCACUAGCAUUACAUCGGAAAGCUCAGUGCAACUUGAGAUGCAGGAGGAGGAGGAGGAGGAAAGAAAGGCAGAAGGCGGGAACGUUAACCAGGCGUCUCGUUGCUACCCUAAGUUGGAUACACCAACGACAUAGUGUUAUACGUCUUUCCUUGUGGAAAAAUCUGUGGCGAUCACUAUUUUGUUUCCUUGCCAGGCCAAAGUUCUUCCGGUUGUUACCCUUGUGCCUGAAUUAAUUCUGACACUUAAAAGCGAUAGGUGUGUAUGUUUUGUAGCACAUAAACGGCGCGCAUCGACAUAACAAGUACAAAGAAAUAAGUUCUGUUUUCACGCAGAAUUGAACCUUUCUGUAGUUUUUGCAGAAUACUGUUACAAACAUGAGAAACGCUUGUGAAAAGUUGCACUGUAGUUGUAAUUAGGCUACAGUAGUAUAAAUGUAAUGUCACGUUCUUCUGCUAACCUACACGUCUAAGACAGUUAAGUAUGCAUUAUUUCAACCUGCAGAGGGAAAAAAUACACUGCUAACUUUUGUUCUUUCUUUCUCAACGUAACGCCUUUCUGCUAAGAAUGGCAGCGUGUGUCGUGGUUCUCCAUAAGGUAUGCUGAAAAUGUGUCGGCAAUGUCAGCUUUACCACAAAGCACUCAUUGUUUGUUUCAUCUUUAGCCGUUGGCUUGGACGUGUUUAAAAAUACGCGUUUCGUAAAACACACUUUGCUUCUGAAGGGCAGCUUUCAAAACGAGACCCGUUGUAAUCACUACCCAGAUGAUUGCGGAGCACAUAUCCUUAAUUUCCUGGGCAUUUGGCUUCUAAAACGUACCGCAAGGAAUCUUAUAACUGUUCAGAGGACAGAAAAUAGUUGCCAAUCUGCAGUGUUCAGAAUACGUGACUCCACAAAUGCACAGUGACUUUGUAUGUUGUACUGUCGUGGUGUGGUUUUAUGUGUUGACGUUUGCAUAGGAGCACACGUUAAGUGUUUCAGUUUCCCUAUGUCUUUCUUAACAUUGCGUGCGCGUGCAAUAGGCGCUAUAUUUUUUCUACGGUUUCCCCAGUGCCACUUGACCACCCAAGUUAUGGUCUUACACCGUGCCUUAAAGUUGAAUGUUUCUGAACCAUGUUAUCUGUUCUUUAUUUACUAACGGUAUUGCCACCAUGCUAUAGUUAACGUUUCCUGUUCUACGAGUCGUAAUCAGAGUGCUACGUUCCACUAUUAGCGGCGCUCUUGGUGCACAAGAACGAUGCCACACGAUUACAGCAGUGCGUGACAUCUUCUCUUUUGUCUGUUUUAUUUACGCAGCUGCCGUUCUGGGCUCAUAUUCACGAAACUUCUCUUAAUUAGAUGCCGUCUGCGAUUGGCGGUAACCGUGGUGGUCGUCCACGUAACACGCCGAUUGAUACCUUGAGAGUCAGACUCCCGAGCGCUGGCUAACGAGGAAAGGCUCUUGCGUAAGAGAUCUCUUGUGAAUACGGGCUCUGCAUCCCUAGUCGUAAGUGGCGCGAAAAGCGUACCAGCGUUACGUGGGUAUGAUGCUCGUCUUCUUUGUUGUGUAGUUAUUUGAAUCUUUUAUUGACUGCCGGAUGCAGUACCCCUCGAAUAAAACACUGAACCUUGUUAUAUCCAUAUCACA